CAUGGACUAAUGAUGAAAAGAAACGGUAUUCCUAGUUUGUGCUUGCGAGUGAUAAUAUUCAUACUAGCUUGUUUUUCUUCAAGUAAUGCCGUUGAAUCAGACAUCAACUGCCUAAGAUCUAUCAAGGAAUCGCUGGAAGACCCUUUACGUUCUCUUUCUUCCUGGAAUUUUAGCAACGAUACUGAAGGUUUCAUCUGCGACGCCUUUGUUGGUGUCGACUGCUGGCACCCUGAUGAGAGUAAGGUUCUGAAUCUUCAGCUAUCAGACAUGGGACUUAGAGGACCAUUUCCAAUGGGCAUAAGAAACUGUAAAAGCUUGACGGGAUUAGAUCUUUCUAACAACUACCUCUCGGGACCCAUUCCUUCUAAUAUUGCACAACUUUUAGGGUUCAUCAGCAUUCUCGAUCUCUCCAACAACAGUCUCUCAGGUCCAAUUCCGCCUACAAUUGGCAACUGUAGUUACAUCAAUGUUCUGAGGCUUGACAAUAACAAUCUAACAGGCCAAAUCCCUCCAGAACUGUCUUCACUUAAGCGCAUCAAAGAAUUUAGUGUCGCUAACAAUAACUUGUCAGGACACUUACCCAUGUUUGACGAUGCUACCAGACAAAACUACGAAAACAAUAAAGGACUUUGUGGAGGUCCAUUGAAAUCCUGCAAGGACGAAGACCAUGAUGAUAUAUAUUUUUUCGAUCAUCAUUUCUUUUCAGGGUUUACGGCUGGAAUAUCUCUUUCUACAUUUUUAAGUAUGUUGUUUAUGUUCUUAUACUGGAGAAGACCAAGUAAAAGAACCAUGAGUUACUAUCAUCUUUUGAUCAAAAACAUAAUAAGAAGAAAGCAUCACCAGAUUCCAACAAACCCCACAAUCCUAUUUGAAGAAGAACUUAACAGCAUGGAAAUGAAGGUAACUGCCAUGGAAAAGUUCAUCCGCAGACUAAGUUUGAUGGAAAUUCAAACGGCCACUAAUGAAUUUGACAAUAAAAACGUAAUUGACCAAGGAGACAUGGGACUCAUGUACAAGGCUGUGUUUCCAAAUGCUUUGCUGCUUGUAGUCAAGAGGCUCCAUAGGUUUGAGAGCUUUGAGAAAGAGUUCUUAUCAGAAAUAGAAAUUAUAGGAAGAUUGCGUCACACGAACUUAGUACCACUGUUAGGUUUUUGCUUUGAAAUGGAAAAGAAAUUUCUGGUAUACAGGUACAUGUGUAAUGGAAGCCUCCAUCAAUGGCUACAUGGUAGACAAGAAGCAGAAGCUAAGAAAAUGGGAUGGAGUUUAAGGUUAAAGAUUGCAGUAGGGAUAGCACGAGGGCUUGCAUGGCUGCAUCACAACAAUGUCCUCCGCGUAGCCCAUCUCCGAAUCACCUCAAAAUGUAUCUUAUUAGAUGAAAAUUUUGAGCCCAGGAUAUCAAAUUUUGGCAACGCCAUAAUCUUGAUGAAUUGUAGUGGCACCCCUUUGAGUGUUUGCAAUUUUGUGGUUCUAGAUUCUAGUCUAUUCAAGGAGGAUGUUUCUAGCUUUGGUAUUUUGUUGCUUGAGUUGGUUACUGGUAGAGAACCAGCUAUAUGUAGGAAACUAUCUACAUGGAUAUUCAACUCCCUGACAGAUCAUGUGUGCAGUAGGGACUUCAAUCUGAUUGAUGAAUGCUUAAUGGGACAAGGAUUCGAUGAGGAAAUAUAUGAAACGCUUAAAAUAGUAGAAAAGUGUAUUCAUCCACCUAGGCAUGAGGCAUCAAGCAUGCUACAAGUGUAUCUAGCAAUUCGUGACAUUGGCGCAUCAAGAUCUAGAAGCGAAAUUUCAGUUUAUUCAUUUAAUAAUGUAGAAAAUAAGGAGGGAGAUGUGUAGCAUCACUCUUUUACAAUUCAAAUGCUUGUUCGUAAAAAUGAGUUGAAUUAUGUACCCACCACAAACACAUACAUUAUAUUGUGUGAUCUUCUCCUAUCGUCAUCUAUCUUCACUCUAGAUGUUCGAUCAAACCCCAAUUGUGUAAAAUCCUCCUUGUCUGUUAUGUUCAAAUAAGCAAAAAUUCUCGG